AUGGCUGAGGUUUUGGCUGGUGCUCAACUCCAACUGAAGGACGGCUCUAAAGUUGACGCUGGUCAAUACCUGAAGAACAAGUUUGUUGGAUUGUACUUUUCUGCCAGUUGGUGUCCACCAUGCAGGGCAUUCACUCCUAAACUAAAGGAGUUUUACGAGAAGAUUAAGAAGAGUCAUCCAGAGUUCGAAGUUAUCUUUGUUUCUCGUGAUAGAAAUGCUGAAGAUUUAUUCAAGUAUUAUGACGAGCACAUGGGUGACUGGGCUUUCAUUCCAUUUGGUGACGAGAAAAUUCAAGAGUUAUUGGUUAAGUAUGAAGUGAAGACUAUUCCUUCUAUGAAAAUGAUCAAAGAGGAUGGAACCAUAGUUGUUGCCGAUGCUCGUACUGAAGUCCAGACACAAGGAUUGGAAGAUCCCGAAGGUCUUUACGAAGCAUGGGAGGCAUUCAACAUGUAA